AACAAGGAGACGACACUUUGUAAUUCAUCCAAAUAUGUCAGGGCUUUUCUUCUGGCAGGACUCGUAAUUACGCACGAGUGAUUCCUCAGAAGCAAGAACAGGUUAGAAAAUAGUGUAUCGUUGUGUUUCUCUCUCAUCAGCUGUUCAACUUGAAGGAAAAAGAGACGGUUCACUGGAAGAAAGAACGAAGUCGAGGUCUUUUUCUGAGAAAAGGGAGGAGGAUUACAGGAGGGUUCUCUGAGCCACAACGUGCCACCCCGCGUCCAGCCUCCGGACGCGCUCCACAUAUCUGCUGCUGCGCGCCUCGAGCUUCACACGAUGGAGAAGAAGAUGAACGGAAGGAUGAGCUCCAUGUGUGUCGCCAUCGUCGAUUCCACCGACACGCGACUGGGGGACUCCAGUGAAGCCGGGUACGUUAAUAUUAAACUGUCCAGCGAGGCACAGGCUCUAACUUGCAUGGCGUCCUCCGUGCGUAAUUUCUCCAACGGCGGCGGCGCACUGAUCCACGGGCUCCACUCGAGCGUCGACGGCGCAGUUUUUAAAGAUUGUAACUUACUCGAUGCUUCAAAACACUUUUACGACCGCGGCAGUGAGUUUCUGAAGUGUACCAAUGUGCCGUGGGAAGACUUUGUCAAAGUUCAGAGGACGGACGUGGACAGUUUGCCCGGCGCACUGACAACCGGAGCGUAUAAAUUCAUCAAGGACGAGAAGGAGCCCUCGGGGAUUAUGGAGACCCCGUGUCCCAACUUUGAUCCAUCACCGGAGAUCCCGGCUCUCCUGGGGCUCAGUGACGCGGAGGCGUCGAGGUUCAGGCCGGCAGCCACCGCGGCUCCUCGGCCGGUGCUGGACGUGUCUCCAAACUUCCUGAUGGACCUCAACCAGCCGGAGCAGCUGCCGGCGCUGGGCCAGGUGCGGGCCGACUCCAGAUGCGGGUCAUCCGGGAAGACAGGCAUCAACUUUGACGCAAACAUCCAGACAGCAGCGCAGCCUGGAUCGUUCUUGUAUAAGAACGAGGUGGCCCGGUGGCCGAUGCCAGCCGAGCCCCAGUACUGGUGCCAGUCCACAGGUGUGACCGACGACCCCUUCGCCGUCGGCGGCUAUGAGGGGAUCCAGACCCAGGCCCUCGCCCAGAGGAACCAGUCACCCUUCACUGGGUUCCCCGGUAUGCCGCCGCAGAGGCAGUGUGUGAUUUGCGGCGACGAGGCUUCGGGUUGUCACUACGGAGUUCUGACCUGUGGCAGCUGUAAAGUCUUUUUUAAAAGAGCCGUGGAAGGCCAUCACAGCUAUCUGUGCGCCGGGCGAAACGACUGCAUUGUGGACAAAAUCCGGAGGAAAAAUUGCCCAGCGUGUCGCCUCAGGAAGUGUUACCAAGCCGGGAUGAUGCUCGGAGGCAGGAAGCUGAAGCGCUUCGGGGCCCUGAAGACCCUGGGCCUGGCCCCGUCCCUGAUGUUCCAGUCCCACUUGGCCAUGUCCGCCGACAGCCAGGCCUUGAGCUCCAUGUCUUGCAUCCCGAGCAUCCGCGAGGUGCAGCUCAGCCAGCAGCUCCUCAGCAUCCUGGAAAACAUCGAGCCAGACGUCAUGUACUCUGGCUACGACAACUCCCAGUCCGACGUGCCCAGUCUCCUGCUCACCAGUCUCAACCGGCUGUGUGAGAAACAGCUGCUGUGGAUCGUCAAGUGGUCCAAGUCUUUGCCAGGAUUUCGUAACCUUCACAUCACCGAUCAGAUGACCCUGAUCCAGUACUCGUGGAUGAACCUGAUGGUGUUCUCGCUCGGGUGGCGCUCCUUCCAGAACGUCACCAGUGAAUAUCUAUACUUCGCCCCCGACCUGGUUCUCAGCCAGGAGCAGAUGAGGAGAACUCCGAUUUACGACCUGUGCCUGGCGAUUCAGUUCAUCCCUCAGGAGUUUUCAAAUCUGCAAGUCACCCGCGAGGAGUUUCUCUGCAUGAAGGCCAUAAUACUGCUCAACACAGUGCCUCUCGAGGGACUCAAGAGCCAGGCAGUGUUUGAAGACAUGAGACAGAACUACAUCCGGGAGCUGACCAAGGCGAUCCACAUGAGGGACAAGGGCAUGAUGGCCAGCUCCCAGCGGUUCUUCCACCUCACCAAACUCAUGGACACCAUACACGAUAUAGUGAAGAAGGUCAACCUGUUCUGUCUGAGCACCUUCAUCCAGGCCGACGCCAUGAAAGUGGAGUUUCCAGAGAUGAUGUCAGAGGUCAUUGCCUCCCAGCUUCCCAAGGUCCUGGCCGGCAUGGUGAGGCCCCUCUUAUUCCACAGCAAGUGACGGCGCUGUGGACUCAUCCUGAGACGGGAUGACUCAGCGACCCAGCGAUUACAAAUGUGGUCAAGUCAUCUGUAAUUUGCCAAACCGCCUCUGACGCUCUUCAUGAGGUGAACUACAAUGAACACGUUCCUUAGAAACAUGUUUUAAAGCCGAGAACCAUCUUGAAUAUUAUGAUCUCAGAGGCAUGAAUCCAUUUAGCUCCUCUGUGUGAAUCUGGUGCAGCCGCCCUCUCCCAUUCUGGCCUCUGUGUACAGAUGGUCAACAGCUGGGUUCGAGAACCUCUGGAGAUAUUUUUGUACUAUAGCACAAAUAUUCAGUGUUUCUGACGCAAAGUGUUUCCUUAAUAAAGGAGACGCAGAAACCUGCCACUUAAAAAUAAUCCUGUUAUUUCAGGGUUAACAGCACCUUCGACAGGGAGGAAGACCACUCUCUUUAAAACACAUGUUUAAACCGUGUAUAUUUAUAUAUCAGUCCUCUAAAUAUGCUGGAUUUCUUUUAUUAAGAUCCCAAAAUUAUUCUCUGGGAACCAAAUGUUAUGGGUUCUUCUUGGGUCCAGAAAAUUACCAAAUAUAUAUAAUAUAUAACCACUAAAACAAGCGUCACCUCCGUGGUAGAGAUGAAAAAACUACAUGAAUAACCAGGUGAGUGAAUUAGUGGAGUCGGUGCAAAUCUCUGCCAACACAGCUCAGUGCCCUAAAUGUGUUAUUUUUAAAAUAGAGAUUUCUAAUUUAUUAAUUUUCUAAAUCCAUAUAAAAAACUCCACAUGACAGAUAAGUCUCACACAUGUGAUGGAUUUAAUUCAAUACAAUAUCAAGAAAUCCUUAAAACUAAUGGACUUAACUUUACACCGGAUUCUAUUUAAGUGAAAUAAAUAAACCUGCCUUGACGAAGGUAUACAAAUGUGCAAUAAACCCAAAUUUAACUGUGGAGAGGAAGGAACCCACAUCCUGUCUACUCCUAAUAAAACUGAAAAGCAGGACUAUGUUUAAAAGUAGCAACACAGAGAGAUAAAGGCAUUCAACCCUCCAACAACUAAUACAAAUUAAGAUGGUCCACAUGGUGAAUUUCAAGUUCAAGUUCUCUGACAAAGAAUAUGGAAGCGGUGGUGUAAUGAAUCACGCUAUUUAUUUAUAGACAUGUUCAUGCACCGUGAAGACACAGUGGAUGAUUCCAAGGGGAACAAGCCUGCCAGUAUAGAAAAGAAAUCAAAACAAAGAUGCCAGGUGAUUACUUAGACAGGAAACUGACGUCAUUUUCGUGGUCUGAACUCAGACGGUCGGGGAGUGUCGUUCCCUCGUGACCCUUAAAGGUCACUUUGCUUUCUUAAAAGGUGCAAAUAGAAAAGAACACCAGGAUCUUGGCAAGUGUGAGAUUCUCAAAUAACUUCAGAAAUACAUUUAUGGCCUCCAGAGGAAGUUUAUUUUUGGAGCAACAGUUUGUAAAUGAAGAAGUAAAAGGAUUUAUUGUUGUUAUUUUUAACUUUUUAGAUAACUUUCUACUUUGGAAAGGUUUCGACAGUGGCAGAAAAAUUAAAUAUGGAUACACAAUCGAAUACAUUGUCAUUGCUAGUACACCAGUGUACUAGCGAGUAAAAAGUACCACAACAAGCAUCAGCAUGAGCUGAAGGUUCCACCUCAUGAAAGAAGCAUUCGUGAUGUUAUAAAAACACUUUUUUUUUAUAUUUGACGUGAUAAUUUAUAUGAAUAAACAGCUACAGAAGGUAAAUAUCGUUUGAUUAGCGACUACAGGUUAACGUAUGAGCUUCAAUGUACAGUACAGUGCUGUGUAGCUAACCAGAAAGUGCACGGCAGCAGUGAGCAGGUUCAGUGGUCAAACAUCCAUCACAGGCCAUAAACAAGAGAGUUAAGGUGCAAACCCCCCCCCCCCCAUUAUCGUUUUUACUCAUAGACUAGAUUAAUAUCCUUACUUUAAAAAAAUCACAGUUUGUUGAAUUACAGUUAAUACAGACGAAUGUUUAUGAGCCUGUGCAGAUUUUCAUGAAGCUCUUGCUGAAAGUUUAUGGUGAUAUUACUGGGAAGUUUGAAGAUAUAUUAUUAUUACAUAUUUCUGAGAAUAAAACGUGUGAAAUUGA